AGGUAUCUAUACCAAAUCUAAAAUUGGUUACAUUAUAUAUGCAAUGAAGACAUGCAUUUGUUUAUUGUUUUAUCUCAAAGAAGAUUCUGGAAGUGGUAAGAAACUUCUGUCAGGGAAAUGUCAUGUGUUUACAAUCGUAGUACGCGACAUAGAUCGCUGAGAGUUUGAUAAGUGUUUCGAAGUUAUCGUCAUUUAUCGAUUAUUCCAUUAGCAAAAAGUAAACAAAAACUAGAUUGGAUAUCUACUGAGGUCAUUUGAAUGGUCCGUAAAAUAUUAAGUUGGCCAAUUUGAAGUAGGCCGAUAUAGGGUAUAUCAGUUGCAUAUAGACGUUUCUUAUCUAUUACAUAAUGCCUGCAUAGAUUGUUCAAAGCGGCAAUUUACUGAGCUUGCUUUUAAUGCAAAACUUUAGGGAAGAAGACUUUAUGAAGAAUAUCAAAACAAACAAUUUUGAAAUGAGGCGCAGUGUAAUUGUGGUGUUUCUGUUCUACCUCACACAAACGAUUAACACCAAACAAGUACAGAACUAUAGCUCUUUCGGAUAUUCCUUCCCGGUGAAUUACGCAGAGAAAUGUCCACGGACUGCAGAAGAGUGGGACAACUCUUCACGACGAUUGAACUGUAGCAAAACGCAUGUAUAUCAUUGUGCUCCUGACAAGAAUCUCUCAUCUCUUAUCGAAUUCUGUUAUCCAAGUAAAGGAUAUAUGUUUCAAAAAGGAAAUUGUCUAGAACUGGCUGACGUUGGAAUCCUAAACCAUGUCAAAUGUGGACACUUUUCAUUUGGCUGUCCAGAUAAAGAUUUCUCCGGCAACGAAAUCUAUAAAUUUCCAAGCUGUUUGUCCAUCACUGCCAACUGUUUUACAGCAGAUGUUGAAUGUCUUAACAAAAAGUGUUUGAAACAAGGGUGUAAUGGGGUACCAAAAACAGAAGAUAGAAGUACUGAUUGUCCCUCGAAAGAUAACAUAUACCUUCCAUGGUUCGUUGUUUCGUUGGUAUUGUUCUUCCUCUCAGCUGGGCUCAAUCUAUAUCUAGGUUGGCAAAGAAUUAAAUCUACAGAGGAAGAAAGUCAUGAGCACGAUAGACUUCUUGAAGAAAAUACAUCAGCAAAAGGUAGCAGAACUAAAGAACAAAGAAAGGACGAAUAUCGUGCUGCAUACAUUGAGAAGGAAAUUUUUUCUGACUAUGCCGUUGAGGAGGCUGAGUUAUUUCAACUUUUGAAAAGGCAAUGUCUAAAUGAUGAAUAUACUGGUUUUCAGUAUCUUGUUAAAACAAGAAUCAAGUCAAAAGGGGAAGGUUGUAUAAAAAUAUUUUGUCAACGUGACGAAUAUGGAUGUACUCUACUUCAUUAUGCUGCUCAAGGGGGAUCGAUAUUCAUCUUAAAAGAAAUCUUGAAGAGUGCUCCCGCAGAGGUCAAAUCCCACAACGGUCAAACUAUUCUCCAUUAUGCAAUUAGAUAUCAGCAUAAAGACAUGAGUCUAUAUCUGAUCAACACCUACGAAACACUCACAAAAGAUUACCUUGUAAAGGAAUGUAAUCCAAGUCCAGGGAUUGGAUCAGAAAUGUGUUCCUCGGAAGAAUAUUGUGAACCUCUCCACUGGGCUGCAUGGAAUGGUGAUAUGAAAAUUCUAGAUGACUUAAAACAAGCUAAUAUUGACAUACGGCGAUUAACAAAGAAUGGUCUUAGUAUACUUGAUAUCGCAUGCUUGAAAAGCAAACCCAAUUUCUGUCUGCAUAUUUUAGAAAAUGAAAAAGGAAUAAAUCUUGAUAAAAAAGACGCAUGUGGAUGGAAUAUUGCUCAUUAUGCUGCAAGAUCAAAUAAUGUAGAGGUGUUGGAACAUUUGAGGACCAAGAAAGAAAGCUUGAUCACAGACAUAACGCACACAAAGAAAACUACUUUCCACAUUGCGUGUGAAUAUGCACAGCUUGAAGCUGUGAAGCAUCUUACCGAAACACAGGAAUCACUUUUACUCUGCAAAGAUGAACGCGAAUGGAAUGCAUUGCAUUAUGCGGCGAAAGGUGGCAACUUACAAAUUCUCAGAUUCCUUGUGAAGGACAAGAAGAUGAAGAUCAGCUCUCGCACUAAGGAAAGUAAAAAUCUUCUACAUGUUGCAUGUACUUAUAAACAAGGGGAUAUCUGCAAAUAUGUAGCGCAAAAACAUAAGCACCUAGUAAAUGAGACGACUACAAUGGGAUGGUUGCCUGCUCACUAUGUUGGAGUAGAGAGUAAAGGAGAUGGAAGAGAAGAGAAGAUUGUAGAUAUUUUAUUUGAUUGCGGAAUGAAUAUAGAACAAAUAAAGCAAAAAACCAAGGACGGAUAUUCUGUUCUCGGUGUAGCGAUUUAUCACCGAAAUGGAAAGCUAUUGAAAUAUCUUUCAUCGAUGAAAGACAAAAUUGGCUUCCGUUUAGAUAUAAAAUUUCUUCUGGAAACUUUGGAGGAAACAAAGGAUAGCAUUAUGAGAAGUAUUCUUGAAAAAGAAGUGAAUGAAAGGCAGAAAAAAAUGCAAAACUAGUGCAAUAUCUUUUGUCGAGAAAAUACAGAGAAGUUCUCGAUAAAACUAAAGAAUCUCUUCUGAAAAUUAAGAAGGAAACUAGGGAUAGUGAUAUGAGAUACAUUCUUCAAAAAGCCCUGGAUGAAAUGUAGAGAGACGCUAAAAAGAUACUCUAUUAAUAAUGUUUACAAAGUAAAACUUGUAUGAAAUUAAGAUGUGGAUGGCUAUCCGUUUUGUGCACUAAUGACUUUCAAUUAGGUCACCUGAGUCAUUCAGGUGACCUAUUGCUAUAAGUUUGUGUCCGUCGUCGUGCUACGUCCGUUGUCCGUCGUACGUUAAUAAUAAAACCUUUUUUCACUUCUUGACAACUACCGUUCCAGUUCUUUUCAAAUUGGUAUAUAUAAAGUAUAUUUGGGACAAGGGGGUAUAAAUUGUGAAUUUGAGGUAUCACGCGUCCAGGGGCCUAUGGGACAGGGCAAAGAGAUUAAAAUACCAUAUUUGCAAAACAUUUUCUAUAUAACCGCACUUAUGUAUGACAGCCUAACUUCAUAGUCAUGUAGGUGAUCCCAGGGACAGAGCUUUUGGUACCAGGGUGGGGUCAGAAUGGUCAUAGUGAUUAUAUAUCUUAACAUAGCUCUUGGGGCUAGCGACACUUUAAUUUAUGCUCGAAUGAUCGAUAAGACAUGUGACCUUGUUAUUUUGAAUGAAUAGUUGUUAUCAUAAAAUAGUUAUCGUGUCCCAUGGGUAAGAAAAAAAAAACAAAAACAAAAAGGGACGAGCAACCAAAGAGCAGCCAAUAGCAAAUAUCCACCUCUCUAGAGGUUUGAAACUCACAAAUAUACAAAUCCAUGGCAUCUUCCAUCUUCGCAAGCCAAGUGUCCGAUUCGCAUGAUAGUAAGCGAAUCGGACACUUGGCUUGCGAAGAUGGGCAUCUUCUAUAAAUAUAGAAACAAUGGAUAUCAAUCGCAUGCCCAAAUUGGAUUAUUAAUGGACCGCUGACUUAACUGGUGGAAUUAAAGAGAUCUUGCCAUGUCACGACGAGUGUAUAGGUCGAGCUGCAAUGGUGAGGAAUUAGUGACACAGGACACUACAUUGGUAAAACUAGAUAAUAACAGCAUAUUCUGUUCCGACUUACCUCGGGAAAUACAGCUAACAAUUUCGUGAUAUUGAAAUGCAAAAUGAUACCAGAAUGACAUUUCCUAUUUGAAGAUUAUCUCGUGAUAUAUCUUGCAUAUUCCACCUAUGAUGUUGCAGCUCAAGAUACCUCAGUUUGUCCAUGGGAUACUGAGAAACCAUAACGCCAAUUUCUUGACACCUAAGCAGAAAUUGGAAAGAGUUGUUCAAUUUUACCAGUAAGCUGGAAAGACGUGGUAUUUUCAUAUUGUGUAAAAUAAAACCGGUUAAUUUGAUAAGACCUCCUGCUGUGUGACAAGUUUUGCAUAUUUCAAUGUGCAAUGUAAUAAUCGAUCAGAGUCAUUAAGUAAUUAUAUUCAUAUCAAAAUAGAUAUGUUAUUUGAUUUAUAUUAAAGAUUGACGGUAUUGCAAGAAUGUGGUUAUGUGUGUGCAUGUGUGUUUGUGUCCAAUUGUUUCAUUCAUAAGGAAAUAUUGUAUCGUACAUGUAGACAGAUAAUGUAAAUAUUUUUUUUCAAAUUUGUUUGUUCUUUGUCCCUUUUGAUUGAUCAAAUAAUUUGAGAAAUCUUUAUAUGUUCAUAAUUACAUUAGAUCAUCAGUUCAUUCCGUAUUAUCUUGGGAUAUUGUGAUAAGACUAGGAUAACCAAGUACCUUUAUUUAGAAUAAUCAAUGUAGUAUACAAUGGAUUUCAAUAAAUUCUAGAGUAAUA